AUGGGGUCCAAACUGAGCCCAAGACUAGCUCAAUAUGUAAUGGACCAUUUAGUGAAAAUAUGUGUAAGCAAAUUACCUUUCAGUGUACCAUUUUUGAAAAAGUUUGUAGACGACAUAAUAAUGUCAGUUCCAAAAGAACAAACACAGACUACAUUGAAUUAUUUCAACUCUUAUUCUGAAAACCUACAAUUCACCCUAGAGGUAGAAGAUCCAGAACAUAGUGUACCCUUCCUAGAUACAAAAGCUCAAAGGGAAGACAACAUAAUAAAAUUGAAAUGGUAUAGAAAAGAGACUCAUUCUAAUAAGAUGAUUCAUUAUAACUCGAAUCACAGUAUAAACAUGAAAAUUAAUGUAAUAAAACAGAUGAAGAAAAGAAUAAGUAGAAUAUGUCACGAAUCACAUGUAAAAGAGGGAAUAAGAAAACUAUUUACAAUUUUUGAAGAAAAUGGGUACCCAUGCGGAAUGUUGAAUAAACUACUUUUCUCUAGCCACGAAACAGAAGACCAACGCCCAGAAAUUGUCGAUACACCAGAACAAACUCAUUACGCUUCAUACCCCAACAUAAAUGGAUUAACAAAUAAACUGAAAAACAUAUUUAAACAGGACAACAUCAAAAUUGUUGUGUACAACCAAAAAACUGUAGGAAAAUUAUAUACAAAACUGAAAGAUCCAAUUCCAACAAAACUAAAGAGCAACGUACUAUAUGAGUUGAAAUGUGAAGAUUGUGAAAAUAAAUAUAUAGGACAGACAUCCCAGUGGUUGAAGAGUAGAUUGGCAUUACAUAAAUCUGACAUCACUAAACACCACGAAAGAUGCGCACUGGCAACCCAUGCAUACAACCUGGAUCAUAAAAUAAAUUUUGAAGAUGUGAAUGUGUUACAAAUAGAAAGAAAUUAUCAGAAGAGAUUGGUGUUAGAAAUGGUCGAAAUUAAUAAACAGACAAAUGUUAUGAACAAAAAAACAGACACUAAUAAGUUAAGUAGCAUAUAUAGGUAUUUGUUAGAAAAAUCUAAAGAAAACUUGAUAUUUUACGACGGUCCAGUCAGUGAAUGA